AUGUUGCGCCGCAAGCCCUCUAACGCCAGCGAGAAGGAGCCAACUCAGAAGAAAAAGCUCUCACUUCAGCGCUCCAGCAGCUUCAAGGAUUUUGCCAAAUCCAAGCCCAGCUCCCCUGUGGUGAGCGAGAAAGAAUUUAAUCUGGAUGAUAAUAUUCCAGAAGAUGAUUCAGGUGCCUCUACCCCAGAGGAUGCUGGGAAGAGUGGCAAAAAGCUGGGGAAGAAGUGGAGGGCCGUGAUUUCCCGAACCAUGAACCGGAAGAUGGGCAAGAUGAUGGUGAAGGCUCUGUCAGAGGAAAUGGGAGACACUCUGGAGGAGGGCUCAGGCUCUCCAACAUCUCCAGACUGCAGCCUGGACAGCCCUGGGCCUGAGAAGAUGGCACUGGCUUUUGCAGAGCAGGAAGAGCGUGAACUCACAACACUUAGUCGCCAGGCCUCCACUAGCAGUGAGGUCUCCAGCCCUGGUCCAGGCUCAGGCAGUUUUGGAGAGGAGCCGCCCACUCCUCAGUACACAGGGCCCUUCUGUGGUCGGGCCAGAGUCCAUACUGACUUCACCCCCAGCCCCUAUGACCAUGACUCAUUGAAACUGCAGAAAGGAGAUAUGAUCCAGAUCAUUGAAAAGCCACCAGUGGGUACAUGGCUGGGCCUUCUUAAUGGUAAGGUGGGCUCUUUCAAGUUCAUCUAUGUGGAUGUUCUGCCUGAAGAGGCUUCAGGGCCUGCCCGGCCCAACCGCCGCCAGAGCAAAGGCAAGAGGCCCAAACCCAAGACCCUGCACGAACUACUGGAGCGCAUUGGUCUGCAGGAACACACAUCCACCCUGCUGCUCAAUGGCUACCAGACCCUGGAGGACUUCAAGGAGCUGCGGGAAACACACCUCAACGAGCUGCACAUCACAGACCCCCAGCAUCGGGCCAAACUGCUCACGGCUGCGGAGCUGCUGCUGGAUUAUGACACUGGCAGUGAGGAGGCAGAAGAGGGCACAGAGAUCAGCCAAGAGCCUGUAGCACACACCAUGUCUGUGUCGGAACCCAAGGUGGACAUUCCUCGCGACUCUGGCUGCUUCGAGGGCUCAGAGAGUGGGCGCGAUGAGGGGGAGCUGGCAGGUGCUGAGGAGCAGCUGCAGGCCCUCUCCCUGGCUGGAGCACAAUGAGGUGGAAGUGGUGAAGGUGGGCCUCAGCUGGGCUUGAGCAGUAAAAGUGGUAAGGAUGGGCCCAAAGGACUGGCACCAAGCCUGACUGGGCUGUACCACAGGCGCUUGAAGCUGCAGA